CAGAUCGUUUACGAAACAUUCGACGCGUACGUUGUCCUUCCUAUUACCGGGCCGAUUGACGUCAUGGAUAGCUUUCUCCAAGAAGCUACCGCUGCGAGUCGACGUAGGGGGAGGCCCCGGGCCCCGGGGGGGCUCCAAGCUCGAAGCUUGAUGAAAGAGAACAAAAUGUCGAAGACCCCGAAUAUUGUCGACCAGAGCGUUACGUUACCAAGUAACCUACACAGAUGCUAUUACGAACUGCUACACUUAGCUUGGACUUACGCCAGAGGAAGUCAUAGUUUCGAGACUCCAGAGUCGAGACGAUGGAUCCAGCCAGUGCAGCCACGCAGCCAAGGCCCCCAGGACCACCGCCGCAGCCGCCGCAGCCGCUCGAGAUAGGCCAGGAGGGUCCUGCUGUCCCUUACGAUGAAGCGCGACCGCGGGGAGAGGAGCCAGCGUUGGCCCCCGGCGAGAAGCCCGAGGUCGUCGAUGCCGUCGAUGCCGACAAUCCCACGGGUAGCCACGAACUCGCCGACAAGUCCGCCGCCGAGAAACCCGUAGAAGAGAAGGGCUACGCCGAGAUAGAACACGGCGACACGGAGGUCAAGAACCUGGGAUGGAAUAGCGAGAGCCCAGACAUGGUCGCCAGCCCGCUAGUCGGCGGUCUCACCAACGAAGAUCUCUGGGCCCUGAUCCGCCGCUUCGACAAGCAGAUCUUCCACGUCAAGUCCAUUCCGGAUCCUCCACUUGGAGGCCUUGACCUCAACAUUGCCGACGAGGAGGAGUUCUCCCCGGACAAGCUGCGAGCUCACAUCGAACGCCUCUACAUGCAUGUCAUCGUUGGGGCUUUCGGCUUCUGGAAGCACAUCGUCCGCCUUCGCUCUUGGCGUGAACCCCGUCGCACGUCCGCUUUCCUCGCCGUCUACGCACUUGGCUGGGCCUUGGACCUCGUCGUCCCCACGCUGCUCACCUUCCUCGUCGUACUCAUCGUGUAUCCGCCCAGCCGAGCGUACUGCUUCCCGCCGGCCCCGCCGUCCGUCGUCGACCCGUCCACCGGAGGUGUGAAGAAACCCGCGUCUGGCGUGCUGGCUUCGGCCAAUUCCGUUACCGGUGCCCCCGAAAAGCACUCGGGCGAGGCGGUCGAGCAAGAGGCGCACAGCUUCGUGUCGUCCAUCUCGUCACUCGUCGUCAGCACCGCUGCCGGGAAACACCCGCAAGGCGACCCCCCUUCCGACCCGGGCCCAGGUGCCUCUGCCUCUGCCCCCGAUCCGGCCGAUGCUUCCAUGGAUCUCGUGGAUGCCAAGGACAAGGCGGCCGGGGAGGAGCCAGGUACGCACCAUGAUAAGACGAAGAAACCCGUUUCGGAGACCAUUUGGAUCAAGGCCAGGCCUGGUAUGCGCAUGAUGGCGGAUUUCGUCGAUACGUACGAGAGGUUUGGGAACGCCCUGAGCCCAACAACACCGUUUCCGCAGAACGAAUCGAGACUGAAGCUUGCCGGUGUUUUCGUACCGCUGAUCUUGGCGUCUCUGAUCCUGUCGCCGUACACGGUUUGGAAAGCCAAUGGCUUUUCCACGGGGUUCGUCUUUUUCGGCGACCCCCUCAUUCAGCGAGGCUUGGCCUUCAUCAACCGGAGGUUCCCUCACUGGCAGGAGUAUCUCGAACUCCGCAACACGGUUCUCAAGGGAGUUCCCACGAAUGCCCAACUUACCAUCACAUUAUUGCGCAUGGGAGAGCGUAACAAAGCGCCCAUCCCGCCACCUCCAGCAUCCAAUGCCCCGCCUUCAAUUGAAGAAGUUGACAUCAAAGGCAAGGAGGAGACCAUGCAAAAUCUAGGUGCCGACAAAGGAGAGGUCGAAGAAGCAGUUCAGCCAGAUCACGACGCAUUGGCACCAGCCGAGUCCGACACUCAACCGGAGAAAAAACAGACGAAAGGCCGAAAGAUUAUCAACUUCAUCAAGGGCACCACCAAGGGCAGCAUCAAUACGUCACUCACCGCGAACAAAGUGCGAGCCAUGGCCGGCAGCGUCCACGCCAGGGAGCGCCUGGGUGUCGUGAAGGGUCUCAGGCAGCAGGAUCCGGCCAAGGGCCCCGUGCGGUUCCCGGCCCGGUACAAGGGUCGGUCAGGCCACGCGUACAUCACGGCGACGGCGACGACCCCCGCGCUCAGCUGGACGGCGGAACUGGAGGAUGUGAAUCCUGCGUGGAGCGUGACUAUUGGUGAUAUUGAGGAACUCCAGAAAGUAGGCGGCCUGGGAUGGAAGUCCAAGAUCGUCGUGGGGUGGGCGACCAAUCGGGAGAUUGCCGACGGGUUGAUUAUCAGGGAUAAGAUGGGUGGUGAACGACAUCUCACUGCGAUUUUGACGAGGGAUCAGCUGUUCAACCGGUUGGUGGCGAUCGGAUCGCAGAUGUGGGAGGCAUGGUGAGCAAAGGAAACAGUUAUGGAGUCCGCGAUUCUUCAGCCCUAUUCAAGGUUUCAAGCGGUUGUGCUAGGGAGCAUGUUAAGCCCUUCAAUUCAAUACUGAUAUGCCUGACCUCUCCA